CUCGGGUGAUAGUAAUGCAGUUAGUAUUUAAAUGUAGAACGAUAUAGAUAGUACAGUUUCAGUCGCGGACACAUAAAAAUACAUAAUAUUAAAAUGGUGGUUGGAAUAAAAACGAACCGUGCUAAUGAUAACAUAGUUGAAUGUGAAAACAACAAUAUAGCAUCAAAAUGUAACGAUAAACUGUACUCGUACGAAGAAGCACUUACAUUAGCUGGUCACGGGGCCUACAGCCGGCGGCUGCUGCUGCUGCUGAGCCUGGCGCUGCUGGCCAUGGGGCUGGACAUGUUCGGCUUCUCCGUGGCCGUCGCCGGCUGCGGCUGCGAGCUGCAGCUCACGCACCGGCAGAGGGGCAUCCUCAACUCCAUGCCUUUUGCUGGUCCGAUCCUGAUGUCGUACGCGUGGGGCUACAUCUCUGACACCGCGGGGCGCCGGCGCAGCCUGCUGGCGGCCAUGUUGGGUGCCUUCUCCUGCUCCGCUCUCGGCUCGUUCGCCCCCAACUGGAUCGUGCUGGGAGUCAUGAAGCUCAUUGGUACUAGUUUCGGCAUGGCGGCGUGCCUGGGAGUGGUGGCGGCGCGGCUGAGCGCGCUGGCAGGCGUCAACCUGCUGGCGGCCGGGCUGCACGUCGCCUGCCAAAGCACCUUCGCCACGCUCGGGCUCUUCAUCUUCAAUUGA